AUGGCGGGCCCCUGUGAGGCGAGGAGCGGCCCCGACCGGCUCGGUUUGGCCGUGCGGCCCCGGCUUGGUCUGGCCGGUAUUACGCUAUAUGGAUGCGCUGUGAACUGUUUCAGCCAUUUGGCUUCACAAGCUCAAGGAUUUUGCCAGUUUCCAGUGGCUACAGAUGCAACCUGCUACCCCACAGGCUGUGUAGGAGUCUCAGCGGGACCUUCGAGACAUCCACUCUGCCUCCAAACGCUCUACCCUACAUGUGCAGAAGGCCCUGGAGCAGAGGCCAGGCUGAAGUAUAAAGGGACUGCUCUGCAACAGAAAGUGUGGAAAGGGAGAGGAAACAGAGAUGUGACUAUCUACAGCUGUCCGGUGCUUCCUGCCCCCAAAUCGCACCUGGAAUAUCAUGAAAUAAUCGAAGCUGAACUGAAAAGCUGGAAAGCCUUGGGUAGAGGGAGAAGACAGCUCUACGUGACUGUGCAGGGAACGGGGCGGGGGGUGCAGGAAGAGAAGCAGCAGAAAGCAAGCAGGCAUCCAGGGGAAGCACUCUGUGUAGCACAGGCAACACUUCGGACCCUAAAUCACUCCUGCCUGGCCUUUAUCUCCCCAUGUGCCUGCACGUUUAUGAAUACUGGCUGUUGGCAGCGCUGUAACCUGACACAAAAAUAUUGCAGCUUGGCACGUCUUUUUCCAGUGGGUAUGAGAGGAAGGAAACUCUGCCUGAUCACAUACAAGAUACAGCCAGAAAUGUUAGCUGCUAAGGGAACAAAUGACUCCUUGCACAAAAAUGCACGGAUCCAGUCAUCAAAGCAUGCUUUAACUGAGGAGUGCUGUCCCGGAGGAUGGAGGAUGGCUGCACAGCAGUCAGGUUGCGCAGCAACCCCCGCACUCAGUGUGCCCUGCCAAGGUCGCAGUCCAGCGGGAGGAGGUCGGGCACUGCCAAAAAGCUGGGGCAUGUUACAGGAGUUGCAUUUGUUGCUGUGGGAACGAAGCUGGCUCUGACUGUGAUUGUGGGCACAAGUGUAGGCUUUUCCAAGAUGGAUUUGGGUGGGGGAUUCCUCUAUGACAUGAGAAGUUUACUCAUCUGAUAGAUAACCUGCUGAUGAUGAUGUCCUGUAAAGAGGAGGGCCCUGGGCGCUGCUUGUGUUGUAGAGAUUUGGAGGUGCACAUCAUGCCUGAGGGUGUGAGGGCACUGUAGCCCCAUGCUGCAGGGUUUUGUGAGGCUGGGCCUCGCAGAUUUGGGCCACCACCUCGGGGAUGAUGCUUUCCCAGGCAACUUGAGGGAGCACAUUGCGGAGCACUGCUAGCGCCAGGUAUUGCCAGUGAUUGCCUCCUUUCUGCCACAAAGGUCUGGCACUGUCACCCCCGUGCCACGCCGACACCUCCCAACACCGAGAGAACUGGGAUAAAUCAACACAGAAUAUGGACUUGAAAGUGCCAUGGGGAAUGCUGUAACAGGACCACAGUGGUAUGGCCAAAAAGCAUGGGAAGCUGGGACCAGAAUUCAUAACAAAAGUGGCAUAGUUCUUCAGGGAUGAAGCGCCCAAUGUGGAAGACACAGGACGGCAUUUGGGAGAGGGACUAACCACCCGCAGCACCCGUUGCCUCCAGCUGGGACUGCAAGCGUUUAAAACUUUUGGAAAUCAGAUUCCAGCAUGGGGACACUCCUGACGGCUUCUGUGGGGCCAGGGUUUCACCUGAAGGAUCAGAGCUGGAGCACUGAGAAAAUAAAUAAUAAACAAUAGUGACCAAAACCAUAAAGAUGAGUUUAAAUUAUUUGCCAGCUUCACAGAGGAUAUCCGGACAACAGCUAGGAACAACGCCAUUACCUUCAACAUCUUGAGUACAAAUCCAGCCUCUCCCUGUUUGCCAGUUGUGGGAUCUGCUUCAGAAAGUGUUUCAGUGCAUGAGGAAUGCUACCUCAUGGGUUUGCUGGGAUUUCUUUCCCUUGACCCUGCAUCUACCAGUACGCUACCAGAAGGGAUGACAUAAAGUUACUGACUGGGUCUAUUAAAAUUCAGUGUCAGACUAGUUUUUAACUAACUGCCACUGAUUGAUUCUGGAACUGCUGGUCCUGUGUUCAAUAAAAGUUAAGAUUUCCAGUGUAUCUUGAGCAUAAUGUAAGCCUGUGGCAUCCUUUUCAAAUACAUUUCUCAAGAUAAAAAGAGCAGACAUUGUCACAUGAAUAGAUUUAAUUUAAAAUGUUUAGAAUAAGUUUUUAGAGACAAUUUCUCCUUUAAUUCACCUCACUGAAGACUGAAAGUUGAAUGAUGCUGGUGAAAAAAUUUGAACUGAACUAAUCUUGACUAUAGCUAUUUCCAUUUUUCUUGAAGGCUGUAUUUUAAGUAUUGUAUGAAUGGCUUAUAUUCCCACUGCCUAAAUGGAUUUCUGAUUUUCCAAAGAAAAAAUAAACUAAUUAUUUAUAAAUACCAUCAAAAUUAGCUCUCCAAACAAUGACUGUAAUUGCUGGCUGAAAGAAAUUCCACAGAAAAUCUCUCUGAUUUUCUUUUUUUUUUUUUUUAAAGGAAGACCUAAUGCAAACAUGACCUAGAAAACUGCUUGGGAAACAACAAAAAAAAAAGGAUAAAAGGAUGAAACAGCUUGUCACAUAAUCAAACUGAUUAUGCAUUGUGUUUUUGAAGCAGAAGCUCUAAAAGGAGACAUGAUAAUAGGCAUGCGUUCCAGUGGGCGUACACAUACACACAUGAGAACUCAGAAAUGUAAUCUUGAACAGUUAAAAUCAUAUUUUACACUUCAAUUCUGUAUUAGCAGCAGUUCUAGCAGUUCUUGUAUGACUUGGAUAGGAUAUUGUUCCACACUGUAGAAGAACCUCUUACAAAGACAAAAAGUAAAUUCUGUAAUAUUUUCCUGA